UAAAAAGGUUAAAAAAAUCCAAUCACAAAUUUUAAAAAAGAAUACGUACACAUCAAGAUAGGCAAGACAACGACAGUGAUGAUCACUAGAAGAAGAUGACGAAGAAACUAAAAACAAUAACAUUCAGGUAAAGAGCAAGAGUAGUCAAGGGACCAAUUUCUCACCCAAUAAAUUAAAAAAAACACCCCAAAUACAAACCCUAAUCACACAUUUUAACAGAACAAACGAAUUUAUUCAAAUUCAUACCACAUUUCCCCCUCUUCGUCAAGAUGAGCGACGACGACAACAACAGUUACCGAAAGAAGAUGACCAAGAAGAUGUUCAUGAUGGCCAUCUCCUCUGUCCUCCUUGUUGCCAUGGGGUUCGUCGCAGGUGUUGCUUACAGCAACACCAACAACCGCUCUAAAGAAACCGACAUCUCCACAACCAGUCGAGUCGUCCCAGCUGCGCCAGCUGGGCCGGUGCCACAGAUCAUACAAGACCUAUGCAACUCAUCCCUCAUCAAGGAUAACUGCAUGACCAACAUCAUGAAAUACUCGGGUAACAUAACAGACCCUAAAGAGCUGGUCAAGCUAGCGGUGCAGUUAGCAUCAAAGUCUUUAGAAAUCGCAUUGGAGGACUCCGAGCCCCUGAAGGCGACCACAAUAGACCCCAUGGCGAAACGAGGCCUCGAGAUCUGCGACAUGAAGAUCCAUACCGCCAUGAACGACCUAAACCGGUCUGUGGCCGAGAUCGACAAGUUCGACCCCGCCACGGGGGACAAGUCCAUCGACAACCUGAAGACCUGGCUCGAGGCCACCCUCACGUUUCAGGAGGUAUGCGUCGACGCGUUUGCCAACACCACGGGCCCCGACGGGCACAAGAUGAGGGAGAUCCUGACACUAUCUGGCAUGGCGGCCUGCAACUGUCUGGCCAUGGUCGACGGAUGGACAAGGAUUAUGCAGAAGACCAACCCCACUGCAGCUGCACCGCACCGGAGGCUGCUCGGUGGCGGAGCGUCAACGGGUACAAAUGAUUUUCCCGGGUGGGUCACGCCGACGCAGAGGAAGCUGUUGGCCUCUGCGCCGGCUGACAUCAAACCAGACAUUACUGUGGCUCAGGAUGGGAGCGGGCAGUUCAAAACUAUUAAUGAUGCCAUCAAGAGCAUCGGAGCGAACUAUAAAGUCCCUUUUGUGAUCUAUAUUAAGACGGGGGUUUAUAAUGAGCAAGUCAUUAUUCGUAACGAGCUUGUUGGUAUCAUGUUUAUCGGGGACGGCCCGGACAAGACUAGGGUCACUGGAAACAAGAAUUAUAGGGAUGGGUUUCAAACUCAAGAUACCCCCACAGUUGCGAUAUUGGCACCAGGGUUCAUAGCCAAAGACAUGGGAUUCGAGAACACUGCUGGACCAGAGGGUUUCCAGGCCGUUGCCUUUCUCACGCAAUCUGAUUACUCUGUUUACUACAAUUGUCAAUUUGACGGCUACCAAGACACCUUGUGUCCUCUGGCCUAUCGUCAGUUCUAUCGCGAUUGUGUCAUCUCCGGUACCAUUGACUUUAUCUUUGGUGUAGCUCGCACCGUUCUCCAGAACUGCACCAUAAUCGUUAGGAAGCCAAUGCUUAAUCAGGAAAACAUCAUAACCGCAGAGGGGCGCCAGGACCCAAACGGUGUGUCAGCCAUUGUGAUCAUGAACAGUAAGAUUGUGGGCGCACCGGAGUACUUGGCCGUCAAGGACCAAAUCCCAACAUACUUGGGCCGCCCUUGGAAGGUGUACUCGAGAACCGUGAUCAUGCACACUGAAAUUGACGACAUAAUCACCCCCUCAGGGUGGGCCCAGUGGGAAGGAGACGCAGGCCUUACGACAUCAUACUACGCAGAGUUUGAGAACACCGGCCCUGGGUCAAACCAGAAGGGCCGAGCCACUUGGCCAGGGAUUAAGCACAUUCAGGCUCAAGAGGCCGAGAAUUUUACUCCGGCCAAGCUAUACGUGGAAGGUGAUGAUUGGAUCAAGGCUACUGGUGUGCCCUACAUUGCUGGGAUGAGUUAACUAAUAACCAAUUUUGAGCAAUACAUUAUAUUUUAUUUUUAUUUUGGUGGGAGAGGGAGGUAAGUGUAAAAUAGAGUAAGGGAGGAAUUUUUCUUAUUUUUAUAACUUACAAAAACAAUUACGUUGAUCAUCGUCUUGGAAAAAGCAUCGGUCGGACCAUGUACAUCCAAUCAAAGAAAAGGAGCGUCGAGUAUUUUUACUAAAUUGUAUAUGUUGCAACUCGAUUUAUCAACUUUCUUUUUUCUUUGUUACUAAUAAAUUUUGUAUUGGUUAUUUACUUAUUUGUCACUAACUUUUCACAUGUAUUGCACUAUUGAUCAUGUUCGUGCACUUCCAUUAAAUGUGUCAUAAAUGUCAAUUAACU